ACCACAAGAUGAGGCUAUCAAGGCCCGGCCCAAUUCCUUCACAUCCUAUAAACAUAGUCACUGAAACCCUAAUCCGUUCUCGGUCUCUGGUAUAGCCCUCAUUUCAGCCGAAGCGGAGAGAGUCUCAGGCACACCACCCACAACAAUGGGGGCGUAUACUUAUAUAUCGGAGCUGUACAAGAAGAAGCAAUCGGAUUUGAUGAGGUUCUUGCUUAGGGUCCGCUGCUGGGAGUACCGUCAGCUUCCCGCAGUUGUACGUGUCACCAGGCCUACCCGACCCGACAAGGCUCGCCGACUUGGCUACAAGGCCAAGCAGGGGUUUGUGAUCUACCGUGUACGUGUGAGGCGUGGUGGAAGGAAGAGGCCAGUUCCCAAGGGUAUUGUGUAUGGUAAGCCCACAAACCAGGGUGUCACUCAACUAAAAUUCCAACGCAGCAAGCGCUCAGUCGCAGAGGAGCGUGCUGGAAGGAAAUUGGGUGGUCUCAAGGUUCUGAAUUCGUACUGGAUCAACGAGGAUUCGACUUACAAGUACUUCGAGGUUAUAUUGGUUGAUCCGGCUCAUAAUGCAAUCCGAAAUGAUCCAAGGAUCAACUGGAUCUGCAAUCCAGUCCACAAGCACCGGGAGCUUCGUGGCCUCACCUCAGCUGGAAAGAAGUACAGAGGUCUCCGUGGAAAGGGGCACUUGAACCACAAAGCACGCCCCUCAAGAAGGGCUACCUGGAAGAGGAACCAGAUGCUUUCACUCCGUCGCUAUCGAUGACAUUCUUGACAAUUUUUGUUCCUUUUAUUGCCCGUGCCAUAGUUACUGUUGGGAGUUUUUUCUUUUGGAAAGUUGUUUCAGGUUAUUACCUUGAGCGUGUUUAAUUUUUAUGUCGAUGACAUCUGAAUUUUGGGCUAAUAACUUGGUAUAGUUAAUGCAUCAUGGCUUUGGUAAU